ACGGCGGCCCGAUGGAGCCGCCUCCUGGCCACAGUAAAAAGGUGGAAGCCUCGGCCAAGGAGCUCGCCGGUAGGAAGCCGAAGGUGAAAAAGAAAGGCGAAGACAGCGCCAAAUCGAAAAAGAAAGCGGUUCCAGAGAUUGGACCCACCCACCUGCUGGACCUUCCUUUGGGGGUUAAAUUGCCCGUUUUUCCCGGGACCCGCAAUGUAUUCUAUACAACCAAUUUAUGUGAAAAGCUUUAUCAACCAUCUUAUGGUUUUAAUUUGAGUGAUCCAUAUUGCCGGCAUAUGGACACUAGCUAUAAAAGCCUACAUGAUCCACAUUUAAAAUCAUACUAUAAUCGAAAACAUAUGCUGAAGAAACUAAAGAAAGAUGGCUAUAUCACCAGCAACAAUAAAGUUACCUGUAGUUUGAAAGAAUUAAAUAAAUACAAGGAUUAUCUGACCAGUUUGAAAUUAGACUUUGAAAGAAACUAUAUACGAGAACAGAAAAUGCUUCAGAAGCAAAUAAGCAAUUGUUACAAACUUAAGAAACCUUACCAGCUUGAAGAAAAGAACCAAUUUCAAGACUGGUUGUUGGAAGAAAAAUCACAAGUAAGCUCAGGAAAGGAAGCUUUCUUAAGACAGAGGUAUAUAGACAUGAUUAAUACGGAACUACACAAGAAGAAUGAGAAGAAAGAAAAACCACCCACAAGUUACAUCAAGGAAGAGGAAAACCAGUAUCAGCAAAACAUCAAAAAACAACUUUAUCUACACAAACAAAUUGAAGAGGAUUGGAAGGUGAAAGAAAUGUUGCUUCUCUCAAAGAUCGGAAAAGAAGUACAAAGAGAAGAGAGACUUGAGAAACAACGUCAGAAAACUAGAGAACAAGCUGAUUUAAAGAAACAACUGCUUCUAGAGAAGAAACUUGCUUAUCAUUUACAAAAAAUGCAAAAGAACCCUUUUAAAAAGGAAGAAUCUAUGCCUAAAAGUACACUUCAGAAACAAUCAUUGACUGGAGUGGAAGUUUCUCUACCAGUGAUGGAGAAUGUAAGCGUUACUGAAAGCGAGACCGAACAUCCACCAAAGAAAGAAUCUAAAAUUUAUCUACCAAUGAUGGAGAAUGUAAGCGUAACUGAAAGCGAGAGCGAACAUCCACCAAGGAAAGAAUCAAAAAUUUCUCUACCAAUGAUGGAGAAUGUAAGUAUAACUGAAAGCGAGAGCGAACAUCCACCAAAGAAAGAAUCUAAAAUUUCUCUACCAGUCAUGGAGAACGUAAGCAUAACUGAAAGCGAGAGUGAACAUCCACCAGAGAAAGAAUCAAAAACAUCGGUUCACCUAUCUGAAAGCUGUACAAAGAAGCUUGAAAAAAAAUCAACUUCCUUUUCUCUUCCAGAUGUACCAUCUGAAUGUUUAUCUGGAAAGGGGAGCAAGAAAUUAAGCUUCAACCUUGAUCCAGAUUAUAUACCUCAGACCUCUCAGCAUCCAUUGGUUAAACAUCAUCAUUUCAAUCAAAAUCUCUCUCGAGGAAAAGUUGCAAAUCAGAACUCAUUUCAGGACAUCAUAGAGCAUGACAUCUGUAAGGCAGAUUUUUUAAAAGAUGUCUGGGGCAGCAAACAUCACAUCAUUAAACCUAGCAUGCACGACAUCAAUCGGGACAUUUUCGGAUAUUGGAGAGAGAACAGCUCUUCUGAUGAAGAGAUAGUGUUAAAGGAGGUGGUAAAAGAACUUCCAAAAGUCCGGUCUGAAGAUCAGAUAAGUAGCAACUCAUUGGAAACAACAGUGACCACACCACAGACGGGCAAGAAAACACGAUGGUUCCUUAGAAAAUCUGGCCACCCCAAUUCCAACAUUAUUGGAAAAGAGUCAACACCGUUAUCAGUCCCAUGGAAAGACUCGCAGGAAGAACAAACAAUCAAAGUUUUUUCUGCAGCUGAUUUGGAUACCUCGACUGACCGUGACUUUUCCAUUUGGAAAAGAUCACAACAAAAUGAUAAGUUCAUGAAAUCUAAUACUGGAAGAACUUAUUGGGUAGGACAUAGAAGGGCGAAACUGUCCUCCUCCCAAGAAAAGGAUCUGCCUUCAUUUCCUAGGGACGGUGAUAAUCAACCUUCAGAUACCACUGCCAAAAAAACAGAUGACCUUGAAGAUCCAGAUAUGGAGGAUCCAUGUAAAAAACAGGAGGCAGCCAAUUUUUCUCAACAUGAAGACAAUCGGACCCAUGUGCAUGCUUCACAAGAUAACAUCUCAGGAACACCACCUGAAUCCUGCAACUGCAUGCUACAAGGACUCACUGAUCAUCACAAUAAACCAAAAUAACCCCUUUCCCUUGGAAAAUACUUUUUUUGGGGGGUGAAGAGGGUGUCCCAGGGGUUAAAACCAGGCCUCAUGAAUGCAAGACCUGUAUAUUACCAUGAAGCCAAAUCCACGGCCCUGAAAAGAGGACUUUUGGAGGAAGUGGCCAACCUUAUUUUGAGAUGCUCAAAACAAUUACAGCCCACAGAAAAUGGAUUUGAAGUUAUUAAAGAAUCUUAGCUGUUUUUAAAAGCCCCUAAGGAAAAGAGACAAAUUCUGGGAUUAUGCCAUGACGGUGUAUUUUUCACAAAUAAAUUUAUACUUUCAG